ACGCUGCUGCGAUUUCGGACCGCUUCUUCCGCGACUCUCUUGACGCCGCCAAACGUAAAAAAUGCAUUCCCACCGAGAACCUUCCAACUACUCCACGUAAGAUCCGCCAAUGUCCGGAUAUCGUUAAUAAAUUAAAUAAAAAAAAACCUAUCUUAAUUAAUCGUAUGUGUUCAGGUGAAUCAGUGGUAAAAAGUGUAAUAAGUGUUACAAUAAUCAGUGCUGUUCGUAGUUUGUUAAAACGAUGAAGAUAUAAAUUUUUAAUCAUCGAAUUAAUAAUAAAAGAACUUUGUGUCUAAUAAGAAAGUGAUCAAGAGUCUAUGGAUUGAAGCAUUCUAAAUUUAGAUUAAUUAAACAAAAGGUACAUCCGAUACAUGUGAAAGCGUUUCAUUGCAACGCCAAAUGGCUGAUAAUGUCGAUGAUCCAAAGAUCGAGAAGAAAAUCGGUCGCAACCGCGAACAAAGGGCGGUACCAAGAGCGAGAGACAAAGUGGAGGAGAGACAGUUACCUGUACCUCCACCGGACCCAUGGGCGAGCCCUUGGUGCGCGCAAAGUUCACGGAACCAAGCGGAAACGGCGCAGCCUCGUAGCCUCGACGAAGACGAGGACAUAAUCGCGUACUUGACGGACUUUGGCACACCGCCUCUCGAAAGUCAAACGUCGGAAUGCCCCUCGAGGAAUUCCGCCACCUCCACCAUGGCUAUUUCGAAUCUCUACUUGGAUGACACGUUCGAACAUUUGGAUCGUCUUUACGCUAUCACCGAGCAAAUUCUUGAACUAAGAUGCCGGAGUUCGAAGUUCUUCAAAAGAGUAAGAAACUUGGAGAAAUUAAAAGUGCUUCGAAACGUCGACCGCAGAUUGGAAAACGCCUUUGCGAGGGAUAAAGAUAACAUGAACGAUGUCUGCGACGAGGACACUGGUUUCGCUGAAUCGCUUUUAGACGCUAUGCUGUCAAAUUGCAGGGAUCCGUCGUUUCAGAGACGGUAUAUUAGGUCUUCCUCGAGACCAACGAGAAGUAAAAUUGACGUCGAGAAACAAACUUCGGUGGAUGAAGUUUCUGGGAGCGCGCCUAAAGUCUCGAAAUGGACUAGAGUGAAAGCUGCUUUCAAGUGGGAAAGGGCUUGUACUAACGAUUUGGAAGCGAUGGAUACCGUGGCGACUAUGACGCCGACGAAUAAGUAUCAUAGGAGUUUGGAUACUGAAACUGGGGAUUCGAAUAGUACCCAUGUUUUUUCCUAUGGAAACGAAGCUUGCGAUGGAGGAACGUCUUUUGGGAGAACUUCGUCUGCCUCCUCGUCGAACGAAGGAUCUUACGAUUAUUUACAGAAGAAUAUUUCAAAUAAUUUGGGAUGUCAAUCCUUGAAAAUGAAAAAUGAGAAAAAGGUAGAGUGUACGAAUCAGAGAAGUCAAUCCCUUGAUGAAGAGAUCGUCACCACUAAUGCUGAAGAUCAUAGUCUCAUAAAUAUGGGAAAACCAUUGAUUCGUGUAACAUCCGAGAAGAAUCAUACGAUGCAUUCCAUGAACAGAAUGGAUGAAAGGGAUACGGAUUUAUCUUCGAAAAGAUUCACUCCAACCUUAACGAUUACAAUACCUUCGCACGAGGAAGAAAUGAGGUGUUUGUCCUCACCAGAUUCAAGCUCGCCACUUCCAUCCAGUGCACAUACUUCCGGUGGAAAUUCUCCGCAGCAUAGGAAAAUGCAUCGGGAAUUUUCUAUCAACAAAGAUUUUAAACGACAGCAAUCAGCCACCGAAGAAUCCACAAUGCUAACAUCAAAAACUCAGAGACAAAACUCGAAAUGGAAUAAAGUCAGACGAGCAUUCUUGACGAAUUCAACCCUGAGUGUUCCACCUAAUCUCAUCAGAGUCGUUUCCAGACAAAUGAUCCUUCAAGACGGAUUAGAAGCACCAUUGGCUUAUGGCUACAGCAACAGUACGGAAGAGCUCCGGAAAAGCCCGUUAAAUGCUCAAGCCGAGACUCGUCGAGAUUACCGAGCCCUUCGAGAGAAACUGGGAGCAGAGUUCCACCGAAAAUUAAUCGAAUGGGAGCGUUUAAAAAACUCAUCUCCUCGCAUUGCCACGAAAGACUCUCGCGAAGUAUCCUCUAAUUACUUGAAUCCUCGGGAAGUCUUACCGUCCGAAGAGAGAUUGGCGCCAGAGUUCCGAAAGAAACUUCAGGACUGGAAACGUACGAAAAAGGAACGACGAGGAAGUGCUCCGUUCGAGCAACAAAGGAUCAAUCGUCGUCGUUUGACCGAUUGGCAGCUUUGGAGAUCUCCAUCGAAAUCUGAAUACAGAAAUAAAGAAAUGGCAGGGUCCCGUGGUAGCUGCGAAGAAAAUGGGGAUGGUAAAUCGCACCUCGGUGAAGAUUUUGUUCGAAAAAUGGAAAUUUGGAAAAGGAUGAACGACGCGAGUAAUCGUGACGCAAAACAAGCCACGCAAUCGAAAUCUAAUAGACUUGGAAUUUCUUCUGGAAUUGACGAAACCGAGUUUCUAGCUCUGGAAAGGGUUGUCUCCCUCUUUGAUAGUGGUAUUGGAAAAGGACGAAGGGAAAGCGAUGCUCGACGAUUGGACGAAUGCUUCGACGGAGAUGUAAGGCCGUACGAAGGUGCGCAAAACAUAAACGAUACCAAUGAAGUUUUAAUUCGAACAUCUGUAGGAUCAUAUAGAUUCGAAGGUAUUUCGCGAGAAUUCACGAGGAAAUUGUAUGAUUGGGAAAGGUAUCGUGGAAUAUCACCCACGUCCUCAACUUUUCGUCUUCUUGGACCUGCUUACGAUCCAUUUGCUAGGAACAUGACUAAUGAAACGUCGACUGUUACACAGCCUACGACAAAAGCUGGAAACGAUGAACCAUCGCUAUUCAAAGUCAAUGCUCUAAAAAGAUCGAAAUCCGUUGGUAGCGUGAUAGAAGAAACUGUGCAGGAUGAAUUUUUCAUACGUCGUUCGACCAGUUUACAGACAUUUGAUCAUGCUGGAAGUAGAUCGAAGGAUAAUAAAUGUAUUGAUAAUUUACCAGCAUCUAUCGAUUCGCGAAGAACGGAAGACAUAACCGAGGACAUCGUUAUGGACGAUUCUGAGCCGGAAGCAAUGAUCGUCGACAUAGAGGAUGUCAUAGAGGAAACUGCGAGUCCUUUGGAAAGGGUUCAACCCCAUCAGACUCCUGUAUAUUCCGUUGCAGCGAGUGAAACGACUAGCAUCGCUGUACCACUUGGGACAGUUACUUCUAGUCACGAACCAUCUCCGAUGUUUUUAAUUGAAAUCGAGGAGAAUGAAGAUCGAAAGCAUUGGGAGUCGAAAAAGUGGAGUCGAAGGAAGAGUUUCUCGAGUGAAGAUAGUUUGAGUACAGAUCAUUCUGAGUCAACAAAAAUUUGGAAUAGCAAGGAUAAUGUAGACUCAGAGAGAUCGUCCAUCACAGAAUCAUUGAAUGGAAAGAAGAAUUGUAUAGGGGAUAAUGAUGAAAAGUUUGAUCGAGAUUUAGAUAAAGAUUCCAUGAAAUCAGACAGUUCGAUUUAUUCCAUGGAACUGGAUCAAAAAUAUAAAGUUGCGAAGGAAUCAAAAGGAAUGGUUGAAAGGAAUUACAGCAAAUGUGAGAGGGAAGAAAUUUCAAGUGUACAAUCCGAUGGAGAUAAUGGAACUUCAACUGUAAAGAAAUAUGGGCUUGAAGCAGACGAAAACGAAACCGGGCACGCAAGGAAUCUCGAAAAUCAUUUUGCUGCGAGCAUAAAAGAGAUGAUGAAAGCAACAACGGAAAAUGCAUUUUCUUCAAAAGUAAGUUUUACCAUAGCGCAAUCACAAUUAGCGACCUGUCGGUACAACCAGGACUUAUCGGGCGACAAGAAGCACCAGCAUGACGAUGACGUCCAUGGGGCUGAAAAUGACCCAAGCAGCGAUAACGGAAAGGACACAGCCGAGGCUAAGAUGAAAUGCGACAACGAGUAUGAGGAAAUUGAUCUGAGUCCCAUCAACCGUCGUUGCUGUUCCUCAACGGAUGUCCAGCCGAAUUACAACGAAGAGUAUGCGAAUGCUUUAUUGGAAUCAUCGAACAAAUGUAAAUUAGUUUUAGAUGAAGCCAAGUUUCCUUUAUCUGAAAUGGGUCUCCGUCGUAUAAACCGAGACGAUGAACGUUUCAACGAUCACGAAAAAAAUUACGGUGUGAUCAGAGAGGAAAUACACAAUCAUCACACCUAUCAAGAUCUCUUCAAAAUGAAAUCGAACUUGCAAAACUGCAAAAAUCCAGAUCACGAAGACCAAAGUAGAACAAAUUGCACGAAAAGAACUCCGCCAGCUGUAACGUCGAAUGAAACGAGGGAACAGCAGUAUCAUAAUUUCGAAAAUGUCUUCACUUCUGUAGUGUUACGUUCUUCGAACCCUUGCAGUGGUGAAUAUCUAGAACCAACCAUCAGAACAACGCCUUGCACAGUUGCACCCUGUCGCGAAGAGCGUUGUUUCGAAAGGAUAAUCAUAAACGAAGAAACCUUAAAUAAAAUAGUCGUACCAACAGCCAGUACAGGAUGCGUGGAUAAACUGAAAAGUUCAAAACCAUCUGCAGAAAAUUCUGAAAUUGAAAAUUCUAUAGAAGGUCGUAAUCGAUCGAGCACCGAUCGUGGAGUUCCAAUCAGCCAGGAAGGAAGCUCUAAAAAAAGAAUUUCUCCAAGUAGAAACGUUUUCAUCAAAACAAAACGUAUAAUAUUUUCUCCAUUCCGAAAAUUGGAGGAGCAUUCAGCUAGCAGAAAAGAGAGUCUCGAAGAAGAUCAUUUAUUUUCAAUGAAAAGUAAAAGUAAAUCCAGAUCAGCCUCUCCAAAAGUGAACAGGCAAGAUGUGUUAUUAAGAAUGUCUCUUUCUUUACCUUGGCCUCUUCGUCCAUCUUCGAAAGAUAGAGAAUUGAAAAUAAAAGAAAGUGAUAAAGAAGAAAAUAUUGAAUGCAAAUCAGUGGAGAGUAAAAGGAAAUCAUCAACCGCGUCUCAAACUAAAAUUUUAAAAGAGAAGAAUUCAUGUAUUGAAAUAACAGAGAAAAAUUAUGAAUUGAAAGAAUCUGUUGAGAAAAAGAAUCAAAGAGUAAGUGCAUUAGUGCAAGCAACGCCUGAUCAAGAAACCAUUUCUGCUAUUAGUUCUUCCAGUUUAAAAAGCGAAGGAUCUUCUCCGAAAUUCGAUCCACAGUCUUCGGAUCUUAUUCACAAAUUAAACAUUUUAUCUAAUGCGGUGGCAAGAAGAGACGGUCGAACGAAUACAAUAUCCGAGGAAUCGUCCAUCGAAUCACACUUUUUGAGAAUACGUCGGGCGAAGGAGGAUUUCCUGUCUCGUCGAGGGGGUCCAUUGUGUCAUUCCGUGAUGGAACCUCGAUCACUCAAGGAUCAUGAUUUUCUAAAAAAUUCUGUUCAUCGUUACGAGGAUAUUUUGGAGAAACAACCGGAGGAAAAUGAAAAAUUGUUGGAUACGAAUGGUAUUUCAAAGGUAGAAGAAGUAUCAAGUAAGUCAAAAGAAGAAGAUAAAAUGGAUUUGUUUAAGAAUAAUUUAUCAGAUAAUUCGGUCGUUUCUAGACCUGACAGGAUAAAAUCUGCCAGUGUUGGAAUGAUCAAUGUGGAUCCUGAUACCUUUGUACGACUCACAGAGACCAAUCGUGGUUGCGAGUCUCUUCCAAGAUCGAUUGUGAAACAGCAAGAACCUUUAGGGCCAUUUGCGAAGAUUGUUAAUAAACUGAAAUUCACGAAAUUCAUACGUAGUAAAGAUAUAGAGGAGGGGAAUAUGAAUACGAUUUCGAAAUUGUGCAGGCAAAGUUUGCUGAUCGAUGUUCGAAAUGACGUUGAGAAACCUUGGGAUGAUCAAAAAGGAGUCUCGGCAGAGAAUAUUAAUCAAAUGAGAAAAAAUGAAUAAUUAUGAUUUUUAAAUUGAUACUAAACAUUUGUAAGAAGUAUUAUGAUGAUAGACAUUAAAUAAUGUUAUACACACACUAAUAGAACUCACAUGUAAUAUUAAACAAUUUAAAGGAUUAAGUGUCUAAUGUUUAAAAAGAUUUGUUCGUAUAGAAAUAUAACUACAUGUUAUUUACAUUGUAAUUGAUCUUGGUAAAUUGUAUUCACUGAAUUAAAUAUUCUAAUAUUUAUCUCAGCACUUUCUAUCAUCAUUUCUGUACUCUUUCGUUUGAAAUAAAAUGAUCUAUAUAUUUUAUGUCCAAGGUGCUUAGAGUCGAAGAGAUGCAAGUGAUAUUUUUUUAAACAAUAAAUCAAAUUAGUUGCCAAAAGAAAUGAAAACUACUUCAUUUUCAUGAGUCAAAGAAAAAAUUUAUGUUACUACUUUAUACUCGCGAGUCGUAGCGUUUAGCUCGAUAUCGUUUUCUAAAAACUAUCUUUUGAUAAAUUUUUAGACGACGAUAUCGAUUACCAGGUCACACCACGUGGAGGUGGC